CUGAAACCUUACUUACUCGGCCAACCACAUAUUCAAACGUUAAGGAUGACAGGCGCUAACUACAUGGGAGGGAAAAGGAAUGCUGCUCGAGCGCGGACCAAAGACAGUACAGGUCGGGUUCAGAAGCGACAUUUCGGUCAACAGAGAUUGGCAGCUGCAUUAUGCAACACAAAGGAAGAAAGGGGAAAGCCUGAAAGGAUGUCCCUGAAGUCUGUUUUACAUCAAAUCAAUCUGGCUCAUGCACAACGAGACGCGAAAAUCAAAGGCAGUCGCCCCUCCAUAGCGCAUAGUAUAAGCACAUCGCGCGACCCAUCAUUCGCCCACGGCACCUCAUUCGGCGCCCCAAACCGCCGCAAACAACCUUCGAAGAUACUUCGAACGCUUGAUCUUUCUGAUCGUAUGUGAUAUAUCCCCUGAUAUAUCUCGACCUGUCUUAUAUACUAUGCGCUGAUCGUGUCAGCGGUGGCCUAUCGUGAUGCAAUUGACCGCAUAUUAUCAAUCCCUCUGUCAGAAAUGAUUGGCCUUCCCUUGCAAGGAAAGCCAUCCCACACCGAAGAUGGCGACCCUGGC